AUGGAACUCAUUUCUGAGAUGGGAUCAAGUGGUGCAAGACCAGUAUAUACACCAGUAGAUCCUAAUGUAAGAUUAACAUCUAUUCAAUAUGAAACACACACACAAGGUUCAGAAACUCCUAUCACAGAUAAAACUUUGGAGAACAUUGGAAGGUAUCAAAGGCUAGUAGGGAGGGUGUUAUACCUAACCAAGACCAAGGUAGACAUGUUUUUUGCAGUUCAUGUUCUAAGUCAAUUUAUGCAUGCCCCAAAAGAGUCUCACAUGGAAGAAACACUUAGGGUUGUUAAGUACAUUAAAGCAUCUCCUGGUUUAGGUCUGUUCAUGCCUGCACAAAGUUCAGAAUUGCUUACUACUUAUUGUGACUAUGACUGGGGCAAUUGUCUACAAACAAGGAGGUCAGUAACAGGUUAUCUUGUUAAAUUUGGAGAUGCAUUCAUUUCCUAG